GGCCGAAGGUGAAGAUGUGGAUUCAAUUGCCUCUCACAUUUCGGCCAUGGCAAAAGAAUCUUCAAAGGCCAGGCCAGACAUGGCCUAUAUUGAAGAUUCGAUGAAGAGGACAUUGGCCACCAGAAGAGAGUGGGUGGCGAAAGAGAGCCCGUCUGUUGCGGAGAUGCUGGACAAGUAUCCUGUGCUCUCCAUCAGCUCCAUUGUGCAGCUGGAAUUCAGGCUGUUAACAAACACCCCGAUAAUGCCCAAGCUGGAGCAAGUGCUGCAACCUGUUGCCAAUAAAAUUCUCAUGACAGCGAGGAAAAAGCGGCACACAGAAAAUAUUUUUGAAGAAUUUGAUGCCCUAAUGAAUGCUUCCACCGAAGAUGCUGCAGGAGAGCUGACGCUCACUGCUGCUCUUUGUGUUCUCCCUACCCUGGUGAAAGAGAGAGUUGAUUCAUUGACCUGCCAUUCUGACCCUGCCAAGGUACAUUAUGUACCGACGGUGACGUUUGUUGGGAGCCUGUUGACUGCGCAAGAAUUCACCGUGCAUCUGGAGGGCAUUUCCAUUCAAGAAAAUACCCUGUUGGAAGCCAUUGCGACCCAAAUGGCCCUGUACUGGGUGCUAAACAUUGCUUUCCAGAAGAAAGCGCAAAGAACUUUUCAUCUUUUAUGUGAAUUACUGGGAGUUCCAAGUGGUCUACGGGCUACACCACUCGUCCGUGUCGCUCACACACUUUUGAGCCAGUGAGCCUCUCAUGCCAAUGAGAGGCUCUCUUUAUAAGUGGUCAUAGUCAUACUAGUCAUAAUGCUA